AUGAAUAUACGUCAAUAUAAUUCAAAACGUCAUUUGAAUGCAAGUAAAAUUGCAAAAAAGAAUAAUAAGAGAAAAAGUACAUGUAAAGAUGAAAAAGUAUUAUGUAUAUUAUACUAUAUAAGUACAGCGGAUCGAGAAAGUGAAAACAAUAAACGAACGAUGGAAAAUAAGUUUGAAGAACUUGUUGGUAAACUGAAUAUUUCUCCAUUAUCAGUUGAUAUUCUUCAACAAAUCUCCUUAAUUCUUAAAGAACAAGAUAGAGAAUGUUUAUGUUCAUUUGUACACAAAUCGUUUGACUUAUUAUUAGUGGUUGAACGCUGGGUGUGGAAAGUACUCAGUAGUCAUUACUAUGAUAAAUGGAUCAAUGACGAAUAUUAUCAAGAUUUCUUUUAUACUGUUACAUCAUUUAACAAGAACUUAAUCUUCAAUAAUCAUAACGUUACAGUUGAUACGAAAGGAUCUCUUCUUUUCUGUGUGAGCAUUGAUCAAAUAACUGAUAUAUUUACAAAACUUGACCGAAGUACUGACGUUAACAAUCCAUUUAUUAAUAUAAUCAGUUUGUGGUUGGAUAAUCAUUCUCAUUUUCUGUAUGAUAAUCCUCAGUAUAAUAUACCACCAGUUAUUGAUUAUAUUGGUCGACAUAUUGCGAUCAAAUAUUUUAUGAGCAAACAAUAUAAACUAUAUCUGACGGAACUUCGACAGCCACACUUAAUCCAGUCUGUAUUCACAGCUAAAUUCUUAUUUUAUAUAAAAACAUGUUCAUUUUAUUUAUUUGCAUAUACGUAUCUAUCUAUAAAAUCUUCUAAUUAUCCUUACACGGCUGAUGAAAUGAUUAGUUAUUUGUCUGAAGAUUACUUAGAAAUAGUUCAUGUUCAUAGUUAUAAUGUAAUGUCCUGGAAUAAGGAACUACUUGGUUGUAUUGCACACUUUGUUGGAUUAAUAUGGGGAUGUUGUUGGUGGGAUGGACAACAACGAACACAGUUGAAAAUACUCUUUCCUAAAGAACAAAUAGCAUGUGACCAUGUAGAAGAUCUUAUUCGCAUCAUUGCUCAUACACCAUUUUAUAAACGAACGAAAUCUGUACGUUCAAAUGAUGAAACAAUUUUAAUGGAUACAACAUUAAUGAUUCUAUUCGUAAUAGUCCAAACACAAAAUAUAAAUUGGCUUUUUCGUUCUAAUACAACAAUACGAGAUACAAUUAUAUCUGUAUCUGAGACUGCACUAAAUGAUGAAGUUUGUCUGUGCGGAUACUGUCUACUUGGUGAAGCUCUUGGAGAUGAUCUUCGGAAAGAUUUAAAAAUAGCUGAUAAUAUUAGUGAUUAUUUCUUCUAUAUGAUACAAGAAGCGUGGAAUAAUUCAUCGAACAAAUAUAAACAAAUACCCAUCGAGCAUUUACUAAAAGAUUUUCAAAUCCUAUCAAAGAAUGAUUCAAUACAACAACGAACCGCCAGUUCAAGUAAACUACCACUUUUCAUUGAAAUGUCUGAUCAACAUCCAAUUGUAUAUGAUAUUAUAUGGGCACUUUCAUUUAACCAUGAUAUCCAACAACAACUUCGCUCGAAUUCACUAUUCAUGUCCAAGCUAUCUCGUCUUGCUCCACAAUGUCAUAAUGAACAAAUGCGAAAAAGUACUCAUGGUAUUCUUUGGAAUCUUGAAAUCAAUCAUCAACGCAGAUCAAUAUCACAAAAUACCAAUCAAAAUACUUUUCAUAUUAUGAUUAGUUAUUCACAUCAAGAAAAAGAUCUUUGUAAACAGCUCUAUAAUGAACUAACUAAAAAUGGUUAUCGUGUUUGGAUUGAUUUUGAUCAAAUGCAUGGAAAUAUCAUGGAUGCAAUGGCACAAGCUAUUGAUCAAUCAGAAAUUAUUAUUAUUUGUAUGAGUGGACAUUAUCAACAAAGUAAUUAUUGUCGAGCAGAAGCACAUUAUGCAUUUCAACGACAACGUCAAAUAGUUCCAGUUCUUAUGCAAAAACACUACAAACCAGAUGGAUGGUUAUUAUUUUUGAUUGGUCAAUUAUUAUAUGUUGAUUUUACAAAAUAUGAAUUUGUAAGAGCAAUGGAAAUGUUAUCCAAGGAACUUAAAGCUAUACAUACUGCUGAUAUCAAUAUAAUACCUGUUCAACCAAAACAAGAUAUCGAUGUUGUCCCACACCCAAAAGUUACUAUAACAUCACCAAAAAUAUCUUCAUUGUCAACAUCUUCAUCGAAUAUUAUAGAAUGGACGUCGACACAAGUGCAUGAUUGGCUUCUUGAGCAGGAUCUCGUUCAGAUGCCUCGUCUUCUUAAUCAUUGUGAUGGUCGAAGUUUAGUCUAUCUACUUAAAUACAUGGAUGUCAGUCAACCAGAACAAAUUUUAUCAUUACUUCAAGAAGAUUCCUUACGAUUGAUAAAUCAAAAUAUAUCACUUAUAGAAUUAUCUCGUUUUCAUUCUAUGAUGCAUCAACAAAAAUGA